CCGAGGUGUGUGUGGUUUGGGGCUUGGGGUUUUUUUUGUUAUUUUUGCCUUUUUUGUUGUUUUUGCCUUUUUUUUCUCCAAUUUUUUUUCCUGCUUUCACAAGAAGGAAAAGAAAACGUUACCAAGAUUCUCAGAUGGCUUAGACAAAUUAAUAAUAAUCUGUGAAAAUACGAAGUCGACCGGUUCUUGAUUUCCCCCUUCCCUCCCCUCCAGCUCCCCAGCCCACUGCUGAGAUUGAGCUAAAAGGACCUGUUUCCUGGAGGACGAGGAGAACAGACACGUUUCUGGUGGUGUAGAAGGGACCGAUGGCAAUGCUUCAGAGUGUAGUGGAGACGCAGGACAGAGAUUCAACCUGUUAACAAAAAAAAUUAAGCAGGGGGAGAAUAUCAACGGGAAGGAAAGAUUUAUAUACAUAUAUAUAUACACGUAUAUAUAUAUACAAUUUAGAAGUAUUCCCCAGGUGGCCACAAAGCAUGGGCUGUGUUCCAAGCACCAACCUCUCUGACAGCAGAGUGAUCUGUCACAGUAGCAAUGAGUCUGAGGAGUACAAUUUCCCUCACCAGACCAACACAACCAUGUCUCAACAGCAGCAAGGCAACCCCGUCCCAGGAUUAUUCAUUAAAUGCUACAACACAUCCACUUAUGAGGCGAGGACUAAUUCCUCUAAGAAAGACAAGAGGGAGAACAGCCAGAGCAUGGAGGCAGAGGCCCAGACCGGCAGACCCAAUGUUAAGGCACCAGUAACAGAUGUACAGUUUGGCCCUAUGAGACUUCAUCAAGAUCAACUUCAGGUACUUUUGGUGUUUGCUGAGGAGGACGAGCAGAGCAGCGGGUUCCGCUGGGCGUGUGACAAGGCUGGAUUCCGCUGCAACCUUGCCAGGACCCCCCAGUCUGCACUGGAAUGUUUUCUAGAUAAGCACCAUGACAUUAUCAUCAUUGACCAUAGGCAUUCCAGAUACUUUGAUGCAGAAGCAUUAUGCAGGUCUAUCAGAACAACAAAAGCCUCAGAAAACACAGUCAUUAUUUGUGUAGUACAAAGGCACCCUGAUCGUGAGGAGUCAUCCAUCUUGCCCCUGAUCUCUGCUGGCUUCACAAGGAGAUAUGUAGAAAAUUCUAGUAGAAUGGCCUGUUACAAUGAAUUGAUUCAGCUGGAAUUUGGACAGGUGCAGGCACAAUUCAAACUAAGGGCAUGUAAUUCAUUAUUUACAGCAUUAGAGAAAAGUCAAGAAGCCAUUGAGAUCACAAGUGAAGACCAUGUAAUACAGUACGUCAAUCCUGCUUUUGAAACAAUGAUGGGCUAUCAAAUAGGUGAACUAAUAGAAAAGGAAUUAACAGAAGUGCCUAUAAAUGAAAAAAAAGCUGAUUUCCUAGAUACUAUUAAUUCCUGCAUAAAGAUAGGAAAGGAAUGGCAAGGAAUGUACUAUGCGAAAAAGAAAAAUGGAGAUAGCAUACAACAAAAUGUGAAGAUACUACCUGUCAUUGGACAGGGAGGAAAGAUUAGACACUAUGUGUCAAUUAGUAGACUGUGCAAUGACAACAAUAAGGUGGAGAAGACAUGUGAAUGUAUUCAGGCUGAAUCUCAGACAGACACUCAGACUUGCAGACACAAAGACAUGAGGAAAGGAUCCCUGGAUGUCAGAUCCACAACAUCUCGUGGGAGUGAUGGCAGCUCCCAGCGGCGCCGCUCCUCCAUGGCCAGGGUCCAUUCCAUGACUAUCGAGGCUCCCAUCACCAAGGUAAUAAACAUCAUCAAUGCUGCACAAGAGAGCAGUCCCUUGCCAGUUGCAGAAGCUUUAGACCGGGCUUUGGAGAUUUUAAGAACCACUGAAUUGUACUCUCCACAACUGGGGACAAAAGAUGAGGAUCCACACACAAGUGACCUUGUUGGAGGGUUAAUGACAGAUGGCUUACGAAGAUUAUCAGGGAACGAAUACAUAUUGUCAGCAAAACAAACUCAUCAGGUUGCUGGCAGUCUGAGCUCUCCAAUCUCCCUCAAUGACAUACCCCCACGGAUAACAGAGGCAAUGGAAAAUGAGGAACAGUGGGAUUUUGAUAUCUUUGAACUUGAGGCUGCCACCCAUAAAAGGCCUUUGGUUUAUCUGGGUCUCAAAAUAUUUGCUCGCUUUGGAAUCUGUGAAUUCCUAAACUGUUCAGAAUCCACUCUGAGGUCAUGGCUACAAGUUAUUGAAGCUAACUACCAUUCCUCCAACUCCUACCACAAUUCCACUCAUUCAGCAGAUGUACUACAUGCUACUGCUUACUUCUUGUCUAAAGAGAGAGUGAAGCAAACCCUGGAUCCGAUUGACGAGGUUGCCGCGCUCAUUGCUGCCACAGUGCACGAUGUGGAUCACCCAGGAAGGACAAACUCCUUCCUGUGCAACGCUGGCAGCGAGCUCGCCAUCCUCUACAACGACACAGCCGUGCUGGAGAGCCACCACGCUGCUCUGGCUUUCCAGCUCACCACCCGGGAUGGAAAAUGCAACAUCUUUAAAAACAUGGAGAGGAAUGAGUAUCGAACCCUUCGCCAAGUCAUUAUUGACAUGGUCUUAGCAACAGAAAUGACAAAGCACUUUGAGCAUGUCAACAAGUUUGUCAACAGCAUUAAUAAACCCUUGGCAGCACUAGAAGAAAAUGGGAAUAAUGGUGAUGGAGAGUCAAUCAAAACUGUUCUCAGGUCUCCUGAAAACCGUAUCCUUAUCAAGCGCAUGUUGAUAAAGUGUGCUGACAUUUCCAACCCGUGCAGACCCAGAGAACAGUGCAUAGAGUGGGCUGGGCGCAUCUCUGAGGAGUACUUUGCACAGACUGAUGAAGAAAGGAGGCAAGGUUUACCAGUUGUGAUGCCAGUUUUUGACAGAAAUACUUGCAGCAUCCCCAAAUCCCAAUUAUCAUUCAUUGAUUACUUCAUUAUUGAUAUGUUUGAUGCCUGGGAUGCAUUUGCCGACCUGCCGAAUCUGAUGGAGCAUCUGAAUAAUAACAUUAAAUACUGGAAAGGACUGGAUGGAAGGAACCUGCGAGUCCUCCGACCACCACCAGAAUAGCAGUUAGACCAUGGUGUGUCAUUCACUAGCCAGAUGAUAUUUAUUCAAGCUCACUUUUAUCUGUGUGAAUUCAGAUUUGUUUUGGUCUCUUCAGUAUUACAGUAAAGCUAGCCCAUGCACUUGGGGAACUUUCACAUGCAAGAGAACACGAGGUCAGCAGUUGACUUCCCAAAGUCCCGUGUGUAGACUCAGAUGAAAUAAGCCCACCAAGUGGAAUUACACUGGAUUGCUGCAGUACUUGUACUGAAGAGGGUUUAUUACGAACAUGCUUCUGUGAUAUCUUCAUACCAGCACGUGAAGCUGGAAGACCUUGAAGAGAAUCCUCAUGAAAAGGACAUUCACUAGAAGUUUAUCUAUUAAUAGAGACUCACAGCUUUUAUGAGAAAGCUACAUGCUUUUUAUAAGCACUUCAGACAGUUAUGUAGAACAAUCAGACAUUUAAAAUGCAACUGUCUAUGAAAGAAUUUUUUGAUCUAUGAAAAAUAGAUGUACUGUAUUUUUUCACAUCACAGAAGGUGCAAUCAUUCACUUCUGAGCACUACUGAAAGUGAGUUCUCCUUAAGAAAUUUAGUAGCAAAUGUAAAAAAUAACACAAGAAUUUUUGAGGUUGAUCGUUAGCAUCUAUGAUUAAAAUGUUAUGUUUUAUUUAUUUUGUUAGAUGUUCAAUAUUUUCUAUGAAUUUAUAAAUACUUAAAAGCCAAAGCCAACUUUAGAUGCAUUAUAAAUUUACAUGAUUCAUACCCAUUAAUAUACAUUUAAUUGAUGUACAGACCUUUUAUUUUCAUAAUGCAAAUACAAAAUACUAUACAAUGAUACAUUUUUAUUGCACUGUAAGGAUAGAUGUGUAUGUUUAAAUAUUGUCUGAUUUAUGUUAAUUAAAGUAAGUUUUAUUAAAAAGGUCUCACUUGAGAAUAGUAGAAUAAACAAGAACUGUAUACUGUCUGAGCACCAGAACUGCAGUAGUUCUCCCACAAACCAGUGAGGACCACCUGAUCUUCUCUUGGCUACAAAAAUAAUAAUGUGUUGGAACUCUUUGUUUUCUCCCAUGACAUUUUAUGACUGAACUCCCUGUUAAAGUCUGCCUUAUUUUAUAUAGUAUUUCUACAAAGCAUUCCACAGCGUAUAUGAAGAGGUGAUACUAAGCAUCUAAUGAAUUUCAACAUUUUAUAGCCAAUGUAUUCUCCUCUGCCGAAAAAGAAAAAGAACAUAAAGCUACCAACACAAACCUUCAACUCAAGAAGUUUGUAAAGGCUGUGUACCUUCACGAUUUGAAUGAAACCUUCAUAGCAACUACCAGAAAAUAAUAAAAUGUAUAUUUUAAGAAG